AUGUCGCACUCUUUCGAGAUAGACGGAAAUUCUCCCCUUCUCUUUCUCCCUGACCAUCUUCUCAUUUCAUUUCUGAACAAGGCCUCUUUCGAUGGAGCCGAUAUUGAAGAGAUCGUGAAGGAAAUCCUCGGCACUCGUGCAUUGUUCCUUUCGGAACCACGUCGUGAACCCGAGAUCCUGGAAAGCGUACUUCGCAAGGGUCGGCUCCCUUUCACACUAAAAGGUUACUUCAAGUUUGGUUUCCAGCCUUGUUUCCAAUGGAUUCCUACGCAGAGUCGAGAUCACAACCGUGGCGAACAGUCUGUCAUUGUCGGUUUUACGGAGCGAUAUAAGUCUGAAGAAGACACGAGAGAUGCUCUGAAUAUCUUGAAGUUAUUUCUGCAGCAGACACCCUACGUUAUUGGGGCUUCAGCUUCUGAUCCGUCUCCACGACCCCCUGUCGACCACUUGGUUGAAUGGAUAAAAUGGACCGCAGAUGCAUGGUUUGCUGAUGAGUUCCGAGAUGGCAUCUGUGGCUUGAUUGAGAUGCUGUAUCGCUUUGGGUCCCAAGGUCAUCCAGAGACAGGACCCGACAAUGCAGUCGAGCUUGCAAUGCAAUCGUAUUGCCCCAGCUCUCUCCUUAAGAACUCUCUAAUGUAUCGACCUGCUGGCGAAGGGCCACUAACAGCUAGGAGCAAACUCUGGAGACGUUUCGGUUCUGAUCUGCCUCGAGGAACGCAUCGCGCUGUUUCAAACAUGGAGUGGAUAGUCGCUGGUAUUCACACCCAGUUCUACAGCCGAAAGUUUGGUCCUUUCAGGGGUUAUGGCGAGAGGCUCAAGGGUUUUGAUUAUCCUGAUGGUAUUGCUGAGGUCUACAAGAUCAAGGCCUGCUUGUUGUCGAACGACUACUGUACCGACGAGACUGAAAGGGAGGCCCUAAACAAUCUUACUCAGGCGAUCACCAAGGCCCAGGAGAUGAUGCCAUUCACUGGUCGUCUUCACCAUACUGAGCAGAGUGAGAAUGAAGGGUUGUUCAUGCUUUUCAGUGCUGUAUCAGGCCUCGCUUCCGAUGCUUACAAAAUGGAAUGUGAGAAGCUGACUGAGGAGUUUGGCCCACGACGCCAUCAAUUCAUCAUCAAUGAUCGAUUUGAUCCUCGAGUUGAAUGGAUGAAGUAUACGGCCGACAUCAAAAUUCCCGAGUUGCAGAGUGAACCUGGAAAGAAGUUUCGCGAUGAGGCCCUCGACAUCUGGCGACGCCUGAUCAUUGAGCGCGGCGACAGCCGUCGAUGGUGGGAGAUUUCGGAACAGGAUAAGUGGUUCGUCCCUACUGAAGAGGUCAAGUCUGCUCUCAGAGACGCGACUCCAUCUGCUGCUGAUGCUAUGGGUCUGUAG